CAUUGUGAGAUUCAAUCGGUUCUCACAGUAUUCUUUCCAUAUAUCGGCUCCCUUGCUCUCUACGUCAUUCAAGCACUGCAAAAACCUAUGGACCUUAAAUUUGACCAAAUUGUUCAGAACCCUUUCUUGCAAGGCAAUUUCAUAGAAACCAUACUAUCCAACAGAUCAUAUAUCUCCUUAUCACAGUCCAAUGGGGAUACGACACCUCACCACAAUGUCCUUAUCACAGAAUCGGAAAAAAAAUGUUCCAAUGCAACUUCAAAUGAAACCAUUAAGCCUACGCCAAAUACUGUUAAUGCAAACGAUGUGGCAAAAGAGGUUGAUUUGCAGUCAUCUCUAGUAUCAGAAUCUUCCAGGGCCGAGUCCUUUUCAUGCACUCCUAAAAAUCAAGCAGCAAAUUUUGAAGCUCAACAAAAGAUAGCUCGAAACGCUAGUUAUGCAUCAACAAUUGAUUCAGUUAUCAAUGAAGCACUGAGAAGUGGAUCUGAUCUAUCAUCCGUGACCUUGUUCUCCAGCACAGUUCAGGCUCUAGAAUCUUCUAAUACCUCGAUAUCCUCCAAAGAUGGCAACAGUGGAUUACGUGCUUGUCAGUUUUGUGGAAAAGUCUGUAGUAGUGCCAGCAAUUUAAAAACUCACGAGCGUCUCCAUACCGGUAUCAAGCCAUUCAAGUGUCGGUUUUGUGAUAAAACAUGCACAACAUCUAGCAACUUGCAAUCGCACGAGCGAAUACACACGGGUGAAAAACCAUAUCGCUGUCCAAUUUGUGAUAAACAGUAUGCCAGCUCGAGUAAUAUGCAGGCUCAUCAACGUAUACAUCUUAAUCUUCGUCCGUAUAAUUGUGCAUUAUGCUCGAAGAGAUUCACAACCUCUAGUAACUUACUAACUCAUAUGCGUGUCCAUUCUGGCUUAAGACCAUUCGCUUGUGAUCAAUGUGGAAAGAAUUUUGCAACUUCCAGCAAUCUGCAUGUUCAUAAAAUUGUAAGCCCUAUUCCAUUUCUAUUCUUCAAGUUGUUUUACAUUCACAGGAUAGAUAUUGUUCCAGAAUUUUGGUAUUUGGGAGUCAUUAGCUAG